AUGCCUGAAAAACAGCUUGAGAAUGAGCAUUUAAUGCACGAAGAUAAGAUCCCUGUUCCUCAGGGUUUCCUUGACAGACAUCCAUCCAAACCAUGGUUGUCCUCUUUUGACGAGUACAAAUCCAUGUAUAAGGAGUCAAUUGAGGAACCAUCCAAAUUUUUUGGCAAGAUGGCCAAAGAGAAUUUGUCCUGGUUCAAGGAGUUUACUGUGGCCAAAGUUCCCGAAGCCCCGCAAUUGAGGGAUAACAACGGUGAACCUUCUGCUUGGUUUGUUGAUGGCCAGUUGAAUGCUUGCUACAAUUGUGUUGACCGCUGGGCUAUCAAAGAUCCGAAGAAACCUGCAAUUGUCUACGAAGCUGACGAGCCUAACCAGGGCAGAAUUGUCACCUACGGAGAAUUACUCAAAGAGACCUGUAAGUUGGCACAGGUUUUGACGAAUGCCGGUGUUAAAAAGGGGGACACCGUGGCGGUUUAUAUGCCUAUGAUCCCUGAGGCCGUGGUUACUUUGAUGGCUAUCGCAAGAAUUGGCGCAGUUCACUCUGUUGUUUUUGCAGGCUUCAGUUCUGCCUCUUUGAGGGAUAGAAUCAGAGACGCUGACUCGAGAGUCGUCAUAACUACCGACGAGUCUAAGAGAGGCGGCAAGACCAUCCAGACCAAAAAGAUUGUUGACGACGCAUUGACCGGAUGUCCUGAUGUUAAAAACGUUAUCGUGUUCAGAAGAACUGGUAACAACCAAAUCCCUUGGAAGUUUGGUAGAGAUUUGUGGUGGCAUGAGGAGUUGGCCAAGUUCCCAUCAUACUCUCCACCUGAACCUGUCAACGCAGAAGAUACUUUGUUUUUGCUCUAUACCUCUGGUUCAACAGGAAAGCCAAAGGGAAUUCAGCAUACCACUGCUGGAUACUUGCUUGGUGCUAUGUUGACCACUAAGUAUGUGUUUGACGUCCAUCCAGAGGACACCCUAUUCACUGCCGGUGAUGUCGGUUGGAUCACAGGCCACUCGUAUGUGGUUUAUGGUCCUUUGUGCAAUGGUGCAACUACCGUUGUCUUCGAGGGUACUCCAAACUAUCCAUCGUACUCUAGAUACUGGGAAAUUGUUGACAAGUACAAGGUGACCCAGUUCUACGUGGCUCCAACUGCUUUGAGACUGUUGAAAAGAGCUGGAGAGUCAUACAUCAAGGAUUUCAAAUUGGAUUCUUUGAGAGUUUUGGGUUCUGUGGGUGAGCCAAUUGCUGCAGAUGUUUGGGAAUGGUACAACGACUACAUUGGUCGUAGAAAGGCACAUAUAUGUGAUACUUACUGGCAAACGGAGUCGGGAUCUCAUUUGAUCUGUCCAUUGGCUGGUAUUACUCCUACCAAACCCGGUUCGGCCUCAUUGCCAUUCUUUGGUAUCGAACCAUCCAUUGUGGACCCGGUUACUGGAGAAGAGCAGAAGGGUUCCCGCGUGGAAGGUGUGUUAUGCAUCAAAACUUCGUGGCCAUCAAUGGCUAGGACUAUCUGGCACGACUACAACAGGUUCUUGGAUACCUACUUGAGACCAUAUCAUGGCAUCUAUUUUUCGGGUGACGGUGCUGCUAGAGACGAAGACGGUUUCUACUGGAUUUUAGGUAGAGUGGAUGAUGUUGUGAAUGUUUCUGGCCACAGAUUAUCCACCGCCGAAAUCGAGGCCGCCAUCAUUGAACAUCCUCUGGUGUCAGAGAGUGCCGUGGUUGGAUAUCCAAACGAAUUGACAGGAUCUGCCGUUGCUGCCUUUGUUUCUUUGAAAAAUAAAAAGGUGGACGACGAGACUGCUGUCAAAAAGGAUCUCAUUUUGGCGGUGAGAAAGGAGAUCGGACCAUUUGCUGCUCCUAAACUGGUGUUAUUGGUUGACGACUUGCCAAAGACGAGAUCCGGUAAGAUUAUGAGAAGAAUUUUACGUAAGAUCUUGGCCGGAGAAGAGGAUCAAUUAGGCGAUGUCUCUACGUUGAGCAACCCCGAUGUUGUCGACCACUUGAUCCAUGUUGUUAAGCAGGUUAAAUAA